CACUCACCAAGACCCGUCGAUUGGCCUCCACAUCCUCUCAGGCUUUUAUUCCUAUGGCCUUGUAUCUCUCCAUGGCUGCAUAACCUAUCUAUCGUCACCAUGCGUCGCGCCCUCAACCUGCGCCUCGCCCUCCAGGCCACCGCCAUAAAGGUCUCGGCCAACCUGGUCGUCCAGCUCAUCAAGCACUACAGCACCCCUGGCCAGUCCACCUUUGACUCGCAGCAAGUCCUUGAGUUUGCCAUCUAUGGUUUCAUCGGCUCUCAGAUCGGCAACAUCAUUCAGUUCGUCCUCGAGGACUGGUUCCCUACUGGCAGCUCACAGCCCAGCGGCGAGGUGCUGCCCAGCAUCCAAGGCGACGUACAGCAGCUGGAAGAGAAGAAGGACGAUGAUACCGUGGUUCGUGAAAAGAAGCGAUCGUGUCUCAACCUCAGCCCUGAUAUAAUAUGGCGUAAUAUCCUGGCCAAGCUGGUACUCGACCAAACCAUUGGCCUCGCCAUCAGCGGCUCCGUCUUUCUCAUCUGUACAAACAUCGCCCGUGUACCGCACCCAAACCUAGUUUUCCUCGUCAUCCGCGAUAGGCUAUGGCCUCUUGUCAAAGCGGGAUGGCACAUCUGGCCACUGGUGGCCGUCUGCAACUUCCUCUGGGUUCCAGUACGAUCGAGAGUGCUGGUAGCUGUGUGUGUGGGAUUUGGAUGGAGCAUAUUCUUGAGCAUCUUUGCUAUGAGGAAGUGAGGAGAAUUUUGCGUUGUUCCAGUUGGAGUUCCGGGGUUUGACGGGGUGAUGCAAGCGACGCGAGUGCAUGGCAUCAACAGCAAUUAUCUGCAUUUUUCUUUGUAUUGGAGUUGUAUGGAUUAGACAAGCAACAAGUUCUUUUGUCUCUUUAAUAACGACGGUGGCUGGCUAUUAUUGAGGUUGUAUCUGAGUCACGGAGUUGCUUAUCUGUAGCUGGCUGAGAUAUGUAGCUAUCUAAGGGCGACCAGAGGUGGAAUCACAACAAGCGUUUAUGAAAG